AUGCUGAUAACCGAGUCGUUUGUGGACGUGAAGACGCCAUCUGGCGAGUCAAUGCGCAUCUUUGUGUUUCAUCCAAAGAUCCCCGGAUACCCCAAGGCCAAGUUCCCCGGAGUUGUUGUUUACAGCGAAAUCUACCAGGUCACCGGGCCUGUUGCACGAUUUGCAAAGAAGAUCGCCUCGGAGGGGUACAUCUGUGUUGCCCCAUCGAUCUACCACGACUUUGUCGAUUUCCAGCCGUUAGACUACGACGCCAAGGGAACAGACGACGGCAAUUUGUACAAGGUGGAGAAAACGGUCAGUUCCUACGACCUGGACAAUAAGCUAUGCUGUGAUUAUCUAUACAGUUUGGACACCUUCAACGGGAAGAUUGGUGCCACCGGGAUGUGUUUAGGCGGCCAUUUGGCGUUCCGUGCUUUGCUGGACCAACGGAUCACUGCUGCAGUGUGUUUCUUUGCUACAGACAUCCACUCCAAGUCUUUGGGCAAAGGCGGCGACGACUCGCUGGAGCGCGUGUGCAAGGAGCUGGACCCGCAUCGCCAGGAGCUGGUGAUGUUUUUCGGCACGCUGGACAACCAUGUGCCUCCAGAAGGCAGAGACCUGAUCCGUUUGAAGCUUAGAGUGGCCGGGGCCAAGCUGACGUUCAUGGAGAUCUGCGACGCCCAGCACGCGUUUGUCCGUGACGAGAGUAGCAAGGGCCGCUACGACUCGGCCAUCACGAGUUCGUGCUUCGGGUUCCUGUUCGAGUUGUUCGACCGGAAACUCAGAAUCGACCUUGGAGAAGAAGACCGGAAACCGGUUGUAGUUGAGAACGUUUGUUAG